UCUCGGGGCCGGAGCCCCUCCCCUCGGGCCGCGCCGAGGAGUGUGACACAGGUGCCGCUUCCUCCCGACUGCUGAGGGUCAACCACCGUCCCCCGGGCCGCGCCCCGCACUGGUCGGCGAUGAGCAGCCCCCAGGUCACACCGCCGCCCCCGCCCCGCCAAGAGCCCGACCCCGGGAUGGCCUCGAGGGAGAUGGACAUCGCCGUCAUUGCAGGCGUGAUCGCGGCCGUGGCCUUCGUGCUGGUCUGCCUCCUCUUUCUCAUGCUGCACUACAUGUACCGGCACAAGGGCACGUACCACACCAACGAGGCCAAGGGCACGGAGUUUGCCGAGAGCGCCGACGCGGCCCUGCAGGACGACCCGUCCCUCCAGGACAACGGUGACAGCAGCAGAAAGGAGUACUUCAUCUGAAGGACUUUACCAGGACUCACCUCCCGCCAACGCCUCCCCGUCCAGGAGAGAAAGCCCACCCCCCCACCUGCAGCACCAGGCAGCCCGCGAGCGCCCCCCGCACCCCAAGACACGCACCUCGCCUGGGACACUGGGUGCCGCCCAGUGGGGGAGGGAGCGAAGGAGGAACCCAGCUGCAGAGGCCUCUCCCAGGGACCCAGGCAGGCUCUGCCAGAGGGAAGAGAGGGAGGAGGUCGGCUCCCCCUGGGCCGCGCACGUUGCCACCUGCGUGUGGGGCAUGGAAGUCCUCGCUGGGUGUGAAUGGGGCUGUGGGCCUAGGAGUGGGGAGCAAGGAGUGAGUCAUCAUCACGCCGACUGCGGAUAAAGACAUCAAACGUCAGCCCUUGGCAUCUGGGGGAACAGCAGGUGCCGGAGCUCAAAGGCACCUUUGUCUCCCAUGGAUGCAGCUCUCAGUGAUUGGAAAUAAAUCUGAAACGUAAUGGAGCAUUCA